AUGGCACCUUACGUCCAGGACGCUGCUGGUGCUGAUGUCGUCCCUCAGCCUCGAAUUCAGUCAAAGAGCGUAACGCUCAAUCAUGAUCAGGUUCAAAAGCCCGUCGCGGACGACUUUAUGUACGAUUUCAAAUACAACCACCCUCUCCCCACCACUGAUGUCCUGGGCAUUGACAUCCCCGCCGAUUGCGAUGCUCAGAAGGAGGCCGAAUGUAUUGCUGCCAAUCUCUCCAAGGCUACAUCCGAGGAAGACCCACAGGCGUUUGCUGAGCUUUUCCUCGAUUAUGGCGUGUGGCGUGACAAACUCUCUUUUACCUGGGAUUUCCGCACAUUCAACUUCAAGGAAGCCAUCCUGAAAGCCGCUACAGACCUCUUGCCGCAGACCAAGGCCAGAAAUUUCAACCUUCUCGAGCCUGCCCCCAAGGUGUCCCGCCCUUACCCCGAUUUCUCGCAGUUGCAAUUUGUUCUAUCUUUCGAGACUGAGAUCGUUGUCGCCUCGGCUGUUAUCAAUGCCGUUUUCACCAAAAAUGAAGGCUGGAAGAUUUACACUAUGCAUACCGUUGCCGAGAGCCUCAAGCAAUUCCCCGAGCAAAGUGCACCAGAUGGACAUAUGACUGGAAUCACCAGUUGGGAGAGCCAAAGAGCGGAGGCUAUCACUACCGUGGAUCCCGAGGUGCUCAUCAUCGGCGGUGGCCAAAAUGGCCUUGCGAUGGCUGCCCGUUUGAAAGUCCUUGGUAUGGACAACCUGAUCAUCGAGCGCAGCGACGAGAUUGGAGAUAUCUGGAAGAAACGUUACGAAUACCUCUCUCUUCACUUCCCCCACUGGCCCGACUCUUUGCCAUACUUCAAGUACCCUCAACACUGGCCCACAUACACUCCCGCUCAGAAGCAGGCACUGUAUAUGAAGUGGUAUGCGUCCGCCCUCGAGCUUAACGUGUGGACCAAGUCGGAAGUUGUGAAGGCCGAGCAAGACGCCGAGGGAAACUGGACAGUUAUAAUCAACAAGCAAGGCGAGACUCGCACGCUUCAUCCUAAGCAGCUGAUCAUGGCCACAUCGCUAUGCGGUGUUCCUUCUACCCCAGCCAUCCCCGGUAUGACGGAAUUCCGCGGUGAGAUCCGCCAUUCCAGCACCCACAAAUCCUCGCGGGACUUUGUUGGAAAGAAGGUUUGCGUCGUUGGAACAUCAUCCUCAGGCUUUGACACAGCAUAUGAGUGCGCCCGUCUAGGGAUUGAUGUGACUAUGCUUCAACGAUCCCCGACAUACGUGAUGUCUUUGACACACUCUGUUCCACGUAUGCUUGGAGGCUACGCACCAGACAAGAACGGCAAUAUCCCCGACACUGAAGUACAAGACCGUCUCAACUUCUCAACGCCGGUCGGACCAGGUGAAGAACUAGCCAAACGCACCGCCAAAGAUCUUGAGGAUCUCGAUAAACCUCUACUUGAAGCUCUGAAUGCUCGAGGACUACGAACAUGGCGCGGCCAGCGUGACACCGGCAAUGCCACUCUGAGCCUGACCCGAAACGGUGGCUUCUACUUCGACGCUGGCGCGUGCGACGAAAUUAUCAAUGGGAAUAUCAAGGUCGAGCCUGGCUUCAUUGAGAGAUUCACUGAAGAUAAAGUGAUUCUGAAUGGUAACCGUGAGAAAGAGUUCGAUCUGGUGGUUUUUGCUACUGGGUUCUCGAACACGAUUGAUUCUAUCCGGGUUACGCUUGGCGAGAAGAUCGCCAGUCAAUGUGGACCGAUUUGGGGUAUUGAUGAAGAGGGCGAGUAUAAAACGGCCUAUAAGGAGACAGGGGUACCGAACAUGUGGAUCAUGGUUGGUUUCCUUCCAAUGACCCGGUAUGCCUCCAGAUUGUUGGCUCUGAGAUUGAAAGCCCUCAAGGAGGGAAUCUCGCCUCCUUCCUACAAAGUCUGA